UCCGAAACACCAGUCAGAUCGUAGACUGUGGGGCUCAUUCGAGGGGCUUGAUCCGUGUCCUGGAGUGAACUUACUGCCGACAACAGCGACCAAACCAUGGCUGAAAGCAUGACUCUGUUAUGGUGCUCCGGCUCUGAGCCUUGCUGGAGGGUCAUGAUCACUCUGGAGGAGAAGAACCUGCAGGGCUACAACCAGAAGCUCCUCUCCUACGAGAAAAAGGAGCAUAAGUCCGAGGAGGUGUUGGCUCUGAACCCGCGCGGACAGUUUCCCACUUUCAAACAUGGAGACAUCAUUGUGAACGAGUCCUUCGCAGCCUGUCUUUACUUGGAGAACCAGUUUAAGUCCCAGGGAACCAGACUGAUCCCAGAGAACCCCAAAGAACAAGCACUGAUGUACCAGCGCAUGUUGGAGGGUCUCAACUUCUACGACAAACUUGAGUGGGUCAUCUACUACGAGUGGUUGGUCAAUGAAGAUGAGAGACAUGAGUCUGCUCUGAAAAGACACAAGGAAGCUCUGUCCACUGAACUGAAACUCUGGGAGGGUUACCUGCAAAAUGUGGCUGAGGGCUCCUACCUUGCAGGAGACUUCUCCUUAGCCGAUGUGAUUGGAUUUCCAAACGUCGCAGUGGCUGUUUUUUUCGGGCUUUCUGCUGAACGUUACCCCAAACUGACCGAAUACUACAACCUGCUGAAGGACAGACCCAGCAUCAAAACCAGCUGGCCCCCAUAUUGGUUUGAAAGCAAGCAGGGACCUGAAGUCCUGAAGGACUUCUGAAAGAUUCUAAAUAAGUCUCUGCCCAAAUUAAUACAUACAUUGAGCAUAUGCUCAUUGUCUGAAAUUAAUAACUGAUUGGAGGUUAUUACUGAAUUAUUAUUGAGAGCUUAACUUGCAUAAUUAUCGUUGUUUAUUACACAGGGGUCUGAGUCAAAACACAUGCUAAUCAAACAUGUGAAGAGUCGGAUAUUAACACGUUCACUUCAGUGAGGGUAUUGGGUCUUCUGUAAAAAAUGUCACCGAACCUGAAACCUGAUUUCUUCAUGCAAUUAUUUGUUGGUAAAGUGAGGAGAUCGACAUGAAGUCGAGUCUCAGGUUCAGAAUAAACAUGAAGGAAAGCACACAUAGUUUAGUUGAGUUAAAAACUACAUAUAUUCACACAAACUGUAAUAUAACAUUAGAAAACACGUUGAAUGUUUGUUUGCAAAUGAUUGGAGUUGAUGGAAAAGUGAAAUAGGGGUAGGCAUACUAGAUGUAAUAUCCACAUGUUAGUUCGAGAAAUAAAAUCAUUCAUUCGAUAGAGUAGCAAGACGUGUGCAGAUAUCGAUCUCAAACUGCAAUUUAACAUGACAUUUUGACCAGGAGGAUUGAAAGACCGAAAUGAAUAAAUGAAUAAAAAAAAUUGAAAGUUGUGUUUCCUGUGUUUUCUCUUCUUCAAGCCUUGAAGGAAGGUCCCUUGUGAAUGUUCUGGGGGUGCUGUAUGGUGAAAAACUUGCUGAAUAUAGAUCAGUUUGAAGGAACCCCAUUUACUUUCAUUUUAUUAAUCAGUUUGCUGAUAUCAUUUACUUUAUUGCACUUUGUAGUUCAUUUACUUCCCUUCGUUUCCUGGAAAGAUAUCACUAAUUGAUUAAUAUCUGUGC